AUGGAUGCGAUAGCGAUUUAUGCGAUCACCGCUGGCGGGAUUUUUGCUACACUUUUCUUAACGCGGACUCUUUUUUCUCGACAUCUAACACUCCCUUUUAUGGUUGAUAGACACCAGCUCUGGGGUCCAUGGACCCUAAUUAGUGCCCUUCUUCACGUAUCUUAUGCUACUAUCAACCUUUUUCUGAUCCUUUUCAGGAUGAAAUCCUGGUCUGGUGCUGGCCGCCAGGCAGGAGAGCUGACCCUAGUCAACCUGAUUUUCCUUUUAUCAGCCACCCAUCUGAGCUAUCUGGCUGACCUUGUAAGCAUUACAUGUCGCACUUGUCGCCGGAUUCAUCGUGCCGUUGGCUGGAUGACUGUUGCCCUAGUAUCAUUUCACAUUGUUGUGGAGGUGCAGAACAGGCAGUUUAGCUUCCCACUCCACUCGAUGCAAAACCUCUUUACCCUCAUUGGUGCCUGUUCACUGGGUGUCCUUUCCCUGCUCUCUAUUCCAUGGUUUCGGCAUUUCUCCGCUCUUUGUUUAUGGAAUCUGGCGACAUCUUCCAGCCCGGAACCAGCCCUCAAAAAUAUGCCUCCUGGUAGCGCUGGGGAUCUUCGGACUGACCUUAUUUGUACAGACAAUGACCCUCUUCUAUCGAAACGGGCUGUUCGCCGGCCAUGGGUUCCUAGGGCUGUUGUUUCCUUUAGUGCUAAGAAAACUAAGGAAGAGCAUCCUGUUAUAACAGCUGCCCAUAUCCGUAUUCUUCUGCCUCGGCCUUUGAAAGUGGAAGCUGGCCAGUACAUUAACCUCUUAAUGCCAUCAAUCAGUCUAUCAUCAUGGAUGCAGACACAUCCCUUUACAGUGGUAUCAUGGUCAAGAGAUAGGCAGGAUACCAUAGAGCUCCUCCUCCAACCACGCGAUGGCUUGUCUGCCGACCUUGUUGGCUACGCGCCCGCUGCGAAAGAAAGCUCGAUUUCUUUCCUAGCCUUGUUCACCGGCCCUCAUGGAAUGGUCGAAGAUGUCAGUCAUUAUGGAAGCGUCUUGGUCGUCACUAGUGGAUUUGGGAUCGCAGCAGCAAUUCCAUACCUUAAGAAAAUGAUCUAUGGUUAUGAUACCUGCACCUCCCAGGUUCGCCGACUCCAUUUGAUGUGGGAGGUAAAGUCCGUUGUCGAGAUGGCCGUGGCCCAGACCCUGCUGAAUAACCUCCUGGAAGACGACAUCAUGGAUAAUGGCUAUAUCCCGAUCUACGUCAGGGACGGCCUUGGACCAAACCGACUUCCUUUCGGUGAGCAUGAUCGGGUCUGUCUUUACCAGGGACUGCCCGAUUAUCAAAAUAUUGUAUCCCUUGAGGCGUCUGGCGACCAGAUUGAAAGGUUGCCUAAUGUCCGGGACAAGCAAGGCAGGACGUUGGUGAUGGUCUCCGCAGCCGACGGAGUGCGAGAUCACAUACGGAAGACAGUACGAGGACAUCUUCAUCAGGGCGUGAAACUCUUUGAACUCGAGUACCAGCCGUGCGCUGUCUGA